GCCUCCUCUUCCAGAAUGCCUUUGCGCAGGAGACCUGACACCACCCGCCUGUACGACUUCAACUCCUACUGGAGGGUGCACGCUGGAAACUUCUCCACCAUCCCCCAGUACUUCAAGGAGAAUGGCUAUGUGACCAUGUCGGUGGGAAAAGUCUUUCACCCUGGUACUGCUCCAUGUCCAGAGUCUGGGUUCUCUUGGUUUGUGGUAUCUGAAUCCGGAAAUCCCCUCCUGGGAAUGGGGCUGUCUUUGCAGAGCGCUCUUCUGGCUGGGCGAGUGCCUCGCUAUUCAGUGCUUCCUUUCUAAAAAACCAACUUGUCAACCCGGCUACAUGUUCUCACCCAAAGUGAAAAAGGGUAGAAAGAGCUUUGCUUCCUUUCAGAAACCACUGAGGGUGUGCCGUUGGGUCCUCCAGCUCCUUGGUAGGGAGGACACGGGUUGGGGAGGUGGCAAUGUUGGGUGGAGUCCAGCUCGGGGCCCCACCCUCCUCCCUGCAGGGUACCUGUCAG